GUCAGGGUCGUUGGGGGCUUUCCAGCCGCAGCCCCAUGGGGGUAUGUUUAUCACUUGUUUUCUCCCAGGUGUUCAAGAAAAAGGGUCUUUCAGAUUGCCAAGACCUUUCUGCCCAUCCUAGAAUGGCUCCCCAACUACCGGGUGAAAGAGUGGCUGGAUAUCAUCUCAGGGGUCAGCACCGGCCUCGUCGCCACCCUGCAAGGUUUGGCGUAUGCUUUGCUGGUUGCAGUUCCUGUUGGAUAUGGUCUCUAUUCUGCCUUUUUUCCCAUCCUGACAUACUUCUUCCUGGGAACAUCAAAGCACAUCUCAGUUGGCCCGUUCCCUGUAGUCAGUUUGAUGGUGGGAUCGGUGGUAUUGAGCAUGGCCCCUGAUGAUAAUUUUCUCAUAGAGGCCGGUAAUGCUACAGGGAGUAAUGGUACUGGCACACUGAUAGACACGGAAUCCAGAGAUGCGCAGAGAGUGCUGAUUGCUAGUACCCUCACAUUUCUGGUUGGAAUUUUACAGGUAAUAUUUGGAGUCCUUCAGAUUGGUUUCAUUGUGAGGUACCUUGCAGAUCCACUAGUUGGGGGAUUCACAACUGCAGCCGCUUUCCAAGUGCUUGUGUCACAAUUGAAAAUAGUCCUAAAUGUUUCAACUAAAAACUAUAAUGGUGUCCUUUCCAUAAUAUAUACUCUUAUUGAAACAUUUGAAAAAAUUGGUACCACCAACAUUGCGGAUCUUAUUGCUGGACUCCUCACCAUUUUUGUCUGCGUUGUAGUUAAAGAAAUAAAUGAUCGGUUCAAACACAAGAUACCUAUACCUAUACCGAUAGAAGUUAUUUUGACAAUAAUAGCCACUGGCAUUUCAUAUGCUGCUGAUUUGGAAAAAAAGUACAAUGCAGGCAUUGUAAAGAGCAUUCCAAGUGGAUUUUUGCCUCCUGAACCUCCAGAUGUCAGCUUGUUUUCCCAGAUGAUAGCAGCCUCCUUUUCCAUUGCAAUUGUUGCUUACGCUAUUGCCGUAUCUGUGGGAAAAGUGUAUGCAACCAAGUAUGACUAUGCUAUUGAUGGAAACCAGGAAUUUAUUGCCUUUGGGAUCAGCAACAUUUUUUCAGGUGCCUUUUCUUGCUUUGUUGCAACUACUGCUCUUUCACGGACUGCAGUCCAAGAAAGUACUGGUGGAAAGACUCAGGUUGCUGGUAUAAUCUCAGCUGGGAUUGUUCUGAUUUCCAUUGUUGCCCUGGGGAAAUUACUAGAACCCUUACAAAAGUCGGUGUUGGCAGCUGUAGUCAUAGCUAACUUGAAAGGGAUGUUCAUGCAAGUGUUUGAUGUUCCCCGUCUGUGGAAACAGAAUAAAGUGGAUGCUAUGAUCUGGAUUUUUACAUGUGUAGCAUCCAUCAUUCUGGGACUCGAUUUGGGAUUACUUGCUGGCCUUUUGUUUGGACUGCUGACAGUUGUGCUGAGAGUUCAGUUUCCUUCGUGGGGUGGCUUUGGAAACAUUCCUGGCACAGAUAUCUACAAGAAGGUCAAGGACUACAAAAAUGUUAUAGAACCAGAAGGUGUGAAGAUUCUCAAGUUUUCAAGUCCCAUUUUUUAUGCUAAUAUUGAUGGACUGAAAAGCAGCCUGAAAUCCACAGUUGGAUUUGAUGCAGUCAAGGUAUAUAAUAAAAGACUCAAAGCACUGAGGAAGAUACAAAAGCUAAUCAAGAAGGGGAAAUUAAAAGCUACUAAGAAUGGCAUCAUCAGUGAGCCUGGUAUUAGUAAUGAAGCUUUUGAGACUGACGAGGAACCUGAAGACACUGAAGAUCUUCAAGUUCCCACCAAAGAAGUAGAGAUCCAGGUGGACUGGAAUUCAGAGCUCCCAGUCAAAGUAAACAUCCCCAAGGUGCCCAUCCACAGUCUCAUUCUUGAUUUUGGAGCAGUAACCUUCUUGGAUAUUGUAGCUGUGAGAUCCAUAAAAACGAUAAUUAGAGAGUUUGAGAGAAUUGAUGUGAGAGUAUACUUUGCUUCAUAUCAAGACAACCUUAUAUCUCAACUGGAGCGGACUGCUUUCUUUGAUGAUAUUGUCAGAAAAGACAUAUUCUUCUUGACUGUCCAUGAUGCUGUGCUCUACAUAAGGAAUCAAAUGACAUACAGUGACAACCAGGAUCCCAUUUUUGAGAAGAUUUCACUCAUGCAGGAGUCUAAAGAACCCAUAGAAUUCACAGAAACAAGCCGUCCUGAUGAUGAACUUGAUGUUCAGGAAGAGGCUAUGCGGAGACUUGCUUCAUGA